AUGGUUGCUCCAGUCACUUUAGGAGUAGGGUCUCUCGUGUGGGUCGAGGACCCUGAUGAGGCAUGGAUUGAUGGUGAGGUUAUAGCCGUAAAUGGUGAAGACAUCAAAGUAUCUUGUACAUCGGGAAAGACGGUUGUGGCCAAGUCCUCUAAUGUCUUUCCCAAGGAUACCGAGGCUCCGCCUUGUGGGGUCGAUGACAUGACAAAGUUGGCAUACUUGCAUGAGCCAGGAGUCCUCGACAAUUUAAAAUCCAGAUACGACAUCAAUGAGAUAUACACCUAUACUGGGAGCAUAUUGAUCGCCGUAAAUCCUUUUCAAAGAUUGCCUCAUCUAUAUGAUAGUCAUAUGAUGGCACAAUAUAAAGGUGCCGCCUUCGGCGAGCUGAGUCCUCAUCCGUUUGCCGUUGCAGAUGCUGCAUACAGGCUUAUGAUAAAUGAGGGGGUAAGUCAGUCGAUUUUAGUCAGUGGUGAGAGUGGGGCGGGCAAGACAGAAAGCACGAAAUUGCUCAUGCGUUAUCUGGCUUAUAUGGGGGGCCGAUCGGGAGGUGAGGGAAGGACAGUCGAACAACAAGUACUUCAGUCGAACCCUGUUCUCGAGGCAUUUGGUAAUGCAAAGACGGUUAGAAAUAAUAAUUCAAGUCGCUUUGGUAAGUUUGUCGAGAUUCAGUUCGAUCAAAGGGGUAAGAUAUCAGGGGCUGCCAUCAGAACAUACCUUCUUGAAAGGUCUCGUGUUUGUCAAGUGUCUGAUCCUGAGAGAAACUACCAUUGUUUCUAUAUGCUUUGUGCUGCACCCGAAGAGGAAAUUAAGAAGUACCACCUGGGAAACCCAAGGACAUUUAACUAUUUAAAUCAGACGAAUUGCUAUGAGCUAGACGGGAUUGAUGAUUCUAAAGAAUAUAUAGCAACAAGGAAAGCAAUGGAUACUGUAGGAAUCAGUUCUGAAGAACAGGAUGCAAUAUUUCGGGUUAUUGCUGCAAUUCUCCAUCUUGGGAACAUUGAGUUUGUAAAGGGGAAGGAAAUCGACUCGUCCAUGCCUAAAGAUGAAAAAUCUUGGUUUCAUUUGCGCACGGCUGCCAAUUUAUUCAUGUGUGAUGCAAAGUCUUUAGAAGAUUCCCUUUGCAAACGUGUGAUUGUGACCCGUGAUGAGACCAUUACUAAAGAACUUGAUCCUACGGCAGCUGUUGCAAGCCGAGAUGCCUUGGCCAAAAUCGUGUAUUCGAGGUUGUUUGACUGGCUUGUGGACAGGAUCAAUAGUUCUAUAGGUCAAGACCCGAAUUCAAAAUGUUUAAUUGGAGUUCUGGAUAUAUAUGGAUUCGAGAGCUUCAAGACUAACAGUUUUGAACAGUUUUGCAUAAAUUUGACGAAUGAGAAGCUUCAGCAGCACUUUAAUCAGCAUGUGUUUAAAAUGGAGCAAGAGGAGUACACGAAAGAAGAAAUUAACUGGAGCUACAUAGAGUUCAUUGACAAUCAAGAUGUUCUUGAUCUAAUUGAAAAGAAGCCAGGUGGCAUUAUAGCCCUUCUUGAUGAAGCUUGCAUGUUCCCUCGUUCGACUCAUGAGACGUUCGCCCAAAAGCUGUACCAAACUUUCAAGAACCACAAACGCUUUAGCAAGCCCAAAUUAGCCCGUUCCGACUUUACCAUCUCACAUUAUGCGGGCGAUGUCACGUAUCAAACCGAGUUGUUUCUUGACAAAAACAAGGACUAUGUUAUUGCUGAGCAUCAGGCCCUCUUGAGUGCCUCCAAAUGCCUGUUUGUGUCGGGUCUUUUUCCUCCAUCGAACGAGGAGUCCUCCAAGCAAUCAAAAUUUUCUUCAAUUGGCUCGAGGUUCAAGCAACAACUACUAGCUCUUCUUGAGACCCUGAGCGCCACUGAACCUCAUUAUAUACGUUGUGUUAAACCGAAUAAUCUUCUCAAGCCGGCUAUCUUUGAGAAUCAAAAUGUCCUUCAACAACUGCGUUGCGGGGGGGUCAUGGAAGCUAUUAGGAUAAGUUGUGCAGGAUAUCCUACCAAAAGGCCCUUCUUCGAAUUCGUAGACCGUUUUGGGAUUCUUUCUCCCGAAGUUCUGAAAGGAAGCACGGAUGAGGUUGCCGUUUGCAAGAAGCUCUUGGAGAAAGCUGGACUCGAAGGCUACCAGAUUGGUAAAACGAAAGUGUUUUUGAGGGCUGGUCAGAUGGCCGAGCUGGAUGGCCGGAGAACAGAAAUCUUAGGAAGAUCGGCCAGCAUUAUCCAGAGGAAAAUGCGUUCUUACAUGGCCAGAAGAAGUUUCAUGUUAUUACGUCGUUCAGCCAUAUUUAUUCAAUCCGCAUGCAGAGGACAACUUAGUCGUAAAGUUUACGAGGGCAUGCGUAGGGAGGCUUCUUGUCUCAGGAUACAGAGAAAUUUACGGAUGUAUAUUGCCAGGAAAGCUUACAGAGGAUUGUGCUUAUCUUCUGUCUCGAUUCAGACAGGAAUGCGUGGUAUGGCCGCACGUAAUGAGCUUCGGUUCAGACAGCGGACGAAAGCAGCUAUUUUGAUUCAGAGCCAUUGUCGUGAAUACUUAGCCCGUUCGAAAUAUAUCAAGCUGAAGAAAGCUGCACUCGCCACUCAGUGUGCAUGGAGAGCCCGAGUUGCACGUAAAGAGCUGCGUAAAUUGAAGAUGGCCGCGAAAGAAACUGGUGCCCUGCAAGCUGCCAAGAAUAAGUUAGAGAAGCAAGUUGAGGAAUUGACUUGGAGAUUGCAGCUCGAGAAACGAAUGAGAGCGGACCUGGAAGAAGCAAAAACACAAGAGAACAUGAAACUGAAAACGGCUUUACAAGAGCUUCAGCUUCAGUUUAAGGAAGCCAACGAGAUGCUCGAAAAAGAACUAGAAGCUGCAAAAUCGGUAGCCGAGCAAGUCCCCAUAGUACAGGAAAUUCCAGUCAUCGACCAUGAAAUGAUGAAUAAGCUCGCUGCCGAAAAUGAUAAUCUCAAGGCCUUAGUGAGCUCUCUCGAGGCAAAAAUAGGUGAAACGGAGAAGAAAUAUGAAGAGUCGAACAAACUCAGUGAGGAGAGGUUGAAGCAAGCCAUGGACGCUGAGUCUAUAAUCGUCAAGUUGAAGACCAAUGUGCAUCGGCUUGAGGAAAAAAUAUCCGACAUGGAAGCUGAGAAUAAAAUUCUCCGGCAGCAAACGUUGUUAGCUCCUUCCAAAGGGGCAGUAGAACAUUCACCAGCUCUAGUGCCUAAGGUUAGUAAUAACUUCUCUAGGAAACUCAUUAUUUUUUGCUGUACUCUUUUACCAGAUAUGUUUCAUACUCCGGUUAAAGUAUCUGAAACUUCUGAUAGUAAACCAAGAAAGCCCCCAAUCGAUCGUCAGAAUGAAGAUGUGGAUGCCCUCAUUGAAUCUGUGAAGAAAGACGUGGGCUUCAGCCAAGGCAAGCCCGUUGCAGCUUACACUAUAUACAAAUGCCUGAUGCACUGGAAAUCGUUUGAGUCCGAUCGAACGAGUGUGUUUGAUCGUCUGAUUCAGAUGAUUGGGUCGGCCAUCGAGAAUCAAGAGAGCAAUGAUCAUAUGGCUUAUUGGCUGUCGAAUACUUCCACACUGUUAUUCUUACUUCAAAAAAGCAUGAAACCGGCAGGCUCAGCUGCUACCCCAGCUCGCAAACCGCAACCACCAACCUCCUUGUUCGGGAGGAUGACAAUGGGUUUUCGCUCCCCUUCGUCUGUCAGCCUUGCAGCAGCAGCAGCUGCACUCGAUACAGUUCGUCAAGUGGAGGCAAAAUAUCCAGCCUUACUUUUCAAGCAGCAGCUCACAGCUUAUGUCGAAAAAAUCUACGGUAUUAUUCGGGAUAACUUGAAAAAGGAGUUAGGAUCACUGCUUGCUUUGUGCAUUCAGGCACCAAGAACCUCCAAAGGGAAUCUUAUAAGGUCAGGACGGUCUUUUGGAAAAGAUUCCUCGACGAAUCAUUGGCAAGCAAUCAUCGAUAGCCUCAACUCCCUUCUCAGUACACUCAAACAAAAUUUUGUUCCCACUGUUCUCAUACAGAAGAUAUUUACUCAAACAUUUUCGUACGUGAAUGUGCAGCUCUUUAACAGCCUUCUUCUACGGCGCGAGUGUUGUACUUUCAGCAACGGCGAGUACGUCAAAGCUGGGCUGGCCGAGCUCGAGUUGUGGUGCUGCCAGGCAAAAGAAGAGUAUGCAGGGUUAGCUUGGGAUGAACUGAAACACAUAAGACAAGCUGUUGGCUUCUUGGUUAUACAUCAGAAGUACAGAAUAUCGUAUGACGAGAUCACCAAUGAUUUGUGUCCUAUUCUGAGCGUCCAGCAGCUUUACAGAAUUUGUACUUUGUAUUGGGACGAUAACUAUAAUACUCGAAGCGUGUCAGCUGAGGUCAUAUCGAGCAUGAGGGUGCUUAUGACAGAGGAUUCCAACAAUGCUGUUAGCAACUCAUUUCUGUUGGAUGAUAAUUCAAGCAUCCCGUUUUCGGUGGAUGAGCUCUCGAGUGCGUUACAAGUGAAGGAUUUCUUGGACGUGACGCCUGCCGAGGACCUUCUUGAGAAUCCUGCCUUCCAAUUUUUGUACAACUAA